GGGCGCGAGAGAAGCCAGUGAUUGGUGGAGCUCUAACGGCUGUUUUGACUGGCAGUCGGAACCGGCGACGUAAGGCGGGCGUUGGUCGCGCUUCAAGGAGUUAACUGGGAAAGCGAAAUGGAGGGGUGUGUGUCUAACCUAAUGGUCUGCAACCUGGCCUACAGCGGGAAGCUGGAAGAGUUGAAGGAGAGUAUUCAGGCUGAUAAAUCCCUGGCUACUAGAACUGACCAGGACAGCAGAACUGCAUUGCACUGGGCUUGCUCAGCUGGACAUACAGAAAUUGUUGAAUUUUUGUUGCAACUUGGAGUGCCAGUGAAUGAUAAAGACGAUGCAGGUUGGUCUCCUCUUCAUAUUGCGGCUUCUGCUGGCCGGGAUGAGAUUGUAAAAGCCCUUCUGGGAAAAGGUGCUCAAGUGAAUGCUGUCAAUCAAAAUGGCUGUACUCCCCUACAUUAUGCAGCUUCCAAAAACAGGCAUGAGAUUGCUGUCAUGUUACUAGAAGGUGGGGCUAAUCCAGAUGCUAAGGACCAUUAUGAGGCUACAGCAAUGCACCGGGCAGCAGCCAAGGGUAACUUGAAGAUGAUUCAUAUCCUUCUGUACUACAAAGCAUCCACAAAUAUCCAAGACACUGAGGGUAACACUCCUCUACACUUAGCCUGUGAUGAGGAGAGAGUGGAAGAAGCAAAACUGCUGGUGUCCCAAGGAGCAAGUAUUUACAUUGAGAAUAAAGAAGAAAAGACACCCCUGCAAGUGGCCAAAGGGCCUGGGUUUAAUACUCAAGAGAAUGGUAGAAGGUUAACAGCUUGGAUUUAUUCUUACUUUGUAUGUUGUGUUGUUGUCCCCGGUGUCCUGGAAACUAAUGUACUUGUACACAAGACAUUAUCUAUGAAUGAUGAAGUUUUCUCACCUUCAAAGUCUUACAAACAUAUUGACUGUUGUUCUUGCUGAGUUACUUGUUCAAAGCUUACAGCUUGUUUUCCAGGCAUUGAAUAACUGUUGAGAUUGUUCUACUGUUGUCAUAUAUUCUUCUAUAUUGAAUUCUAGUUAAUUUUGAGUAACUAAUUUUGUGGCUGUUGUGAGUCUUCAGCACCCUCCCAUGUACCUUACAUCUCUCUCUCUGAAACAGAACAGCUCCAAUAGCAACAAACUCUUUGUUCUGCCAGAUGUCUCUAUGUGGAUUCUAUAAUGUCCCUCCAUACAGUUAAAACAUCCUAACUUGUUUUUGUCAAGCUCACUCAGGUCUAUGCCAAACAUUUCUGUUUUUUUCAACCAUGAGGUUUAAUUUAUUUUUGUGAUAGGAGGGAUAUUCACAUAUUUUAGUGGACCAAAUUUUAAGUUGGAGGGUGUGCUCUAAAAUAAUGAAAAACAAUAGCCCAUAUACCCAUGUAUUUUUUUUUUUAUGGGCUGUUUACUCUGAAAUAAAAUGUAUGGUUUUCUUAAAAGGAAGUUUUAAAGUACGUAUAUUGCAUCAUCCUGUAUUGAAAAGAAUGUCAAACUUGUUAAAAUGACAUGUAACAAAAAUGUAUUUUGAUUUGUAUUUCAGAAACUAAAAAAUAAAAUGUUGAAACAA